AUGGCAACGGUUGAUAUUGCCCAUUUUUGCUCCAUGGAUGUACUUCUCGGGGAUCCACCAAACUCGAUUGCACCGUCUCGUUUCUCUUAUUACGCUGGGGAUGAGAUCUUGGGGUCAGUCUCCAUUAGAUCCAAGAUUGAUGUACGAUUUGACUCGUUAGAUAUAUAUUUUAUCGGAGUAGGCGAAGAAUCCACAACACUGCUGAACGAGAAGACUACCCAUCGGUUUCAGACUAUCAAAUUUCGAAUAGAUGACACAGAUCUUCCGCCAGGGAAUAUUUUUCAAAAGAAUUAUGAAUAUCGCUUUAAAUUUGCCUUUGAUGGACCUGCUCGUCUGUCUGGGGUUUCCUGCAAUCACUUUAUUCGCAAUGUUCUUGUCCGGGAGGCCCAUCUGCAGCCUCCCCCAAGCUUUGGUGAUUCAACAAUAGCCGGGUUUGAUGGCCGGCUCCACAAUGACUUCGCACCCUCAGCUUGCAAGAUAAUUUAUAAGAUUCAGGCCAAACUAAGUCGCAAGAGUUUAGCCUCAGCGGAACCACAAAUUAUGCUGCAAAGGAGCCUCAACAUACGAGUCAAACCGACUGGACAAGCAUUGAUUCCAUCCUCAAUGUACAGUGGGAGCCAGUACCAUCCGCAACAGACUAUCGAUAUUCGAAAUCGUGGUUCGAAUCUUACCUUGGGCCGUUUAGUUGCGACAAUUAUAGCGCCCGAACUUUUCUAUCUUCCCUCACACGAGACAAACGGAUCUAUGCGCCAGACAGUUCGUAUCAGUCUUCGCUAUGACAAAAUAGGCAGACAUGAAGACCUACCCCGUGUUCACUCUCUACGAGGGCGUCUCAUAGCUACUACGUUUUUCACAAAUACCUUUCAUUGUGAUAUACCGGCGAAAAAGAAAGAUAUUUUCGGACAGGCCACCAAUUUCUCUGACAGCAUUCUCACUCGAUUUUCUCAUCCUAUCACGUCGCUUAAAUGGACAUCCGAGCAAUCGGCUUACUCCUCUUCCACUCUGCUUGUGCCGGUCAAUAUUUCUCACCAAUACAUAAUUCCAACCUUUCAUUCGUGUCACAUCUCACGCGUUUACACCUUAGAAUUACGACUGAAGGUGCACGGUGCUCCUUCAGUGGAAAUUGCGGCUCCAAUCCACAUAUUGCCUUGCGAGAAUCAACCUAUUCUGCCCCCAUAUAGCGAGUGA